UUUUUUUUGUUCAACAACACAAAAAAAACAUUUAAAAACAAAUGUAACAACAAAUAUUUGAUGUGCUGUUGUGGAUGGUUUCUCGUGUGUUUGUUAUAUUAUCUCGGAAGACCACACCACACCCUCGUCUCGUGAUUCUCAUAAUUCACCAUUCUCUCUUCUUUCUUUCUUUUUCUCUAUUCUCUACUUUCCCAACCCUAACCCCUCUCUCUCUCUCUAUUCAAAUUCCAAUUACAACAACAAUAAUCAAUUUCUUCAAUUCUCCACAACGCUUCUUCGAUCUACUUCACCGUUAUCACAAAUCAAUUCCAAUUUUCCGCUCCUACAAACGCAACAACAAGACGAAGAUCAAGAACACGAUGAAGGAUCAGAUUUUCGCGAUUCUCUUUUGAAGGCUCCGUCAUCGCCGAUCAACAAGGUUUACUCUCAAUCAGAACAACGCUUCACUUGCUCAUCGUGUUGAAUUUCAUUACCGAAAGAACAAAUCGUAUUGUUCUCGGUUCAAUUCGAUUCGACUGCAAACCCUAAUUACUGUUGCUAUGGAUUCUCGAAGUUUCUGAUUUGUUAGGGCUUGGAUUCACCUGAUUCACACACUUCGUGAUUAUUUUGUUCGAAGGAAGUUGAAUUUUCUGAAUCUUGUGACGAAGACGAAGCAUCGGGAAGGAAGAAUUCUUGAAGUGAAUCUCAUCAUCGUCGUGGCGGUUCGAUUUGUUCGAUCCUAAUCUUAGUAUAAUUUGCAAGUGUAGGGAAAAAAAAGAGUGCAAAAGAAAGAAAAAAAUAGAUUGAAUUUAUUGUACUGUUUGAUUUGCUUUGAGUUUCAAUAACAGGGCUUUCUAUUAUUAUUUUUUUUUAAAUUUCAGAGGCCCUUUGAUUUGAUUCUCUAGUGUGUUUUGUUAUUGCUUUGGUAAAUUAAUCUUGUUUUAUAGAUUGAAAGAGAAAUAUACCAUGGCGGUGUAUUAUAAAUUUAAAAGUGCAAGAGAUUAUGAUUCAAUUCCUAUGGAUGGUCCUUUCAUCUCUGUUGGUACUUUGAAAGAAAAAAUAUUUGAAUCAAAGCAUUUAGGGAGAGGUACUGAUUUUGAUCUCGUGGUCACCAAUGCCCAAACCAAUGAAGAAUAUCUUGAUGAAGAAACGUUGAUCCCUAAAAAUACGUCAGUGUUAAUUCGUCGAGUUCCAGGACGGCCACGUUUACCAAUUGUUACUGAACUAGAACAACAGGUGGAAAAUAAGGCUGUGGAAACUAAUCCUGCGAACAGUAAUUUAGCAGUUGAUGAUAUGUCUGCCAUGAAAUAUGCUGAAGAAUCAGAUUGGGAUGAAUUUGGCAAUGAUUUAUAUUCAAUACCCGAUCAACUUCCAGUUCAAUCGAUCAACAUAAUUUCAGAGGCUCCUCCAACAAGCAGCAUUGAUGAAGAAAGUAAGAUUAAAGCAUUGAUUGAUACUCCAGCAUUGGAUUGGCAACAGCAAGGUUCAGACUUUGGAGCUGGUAGAGGUUUUGGAAGGGGCAUGGGUGGACGGAUGGGGGGUGGACGUGGUUUCGGUUUGGAGCGGAAAACACCUCCACAAGGCUAUGUAUGUCACAGAUGCAAAGUGCCUGGACAUUUCAUUCAGCACUGCCCUACAAAUGGUGAUCCAAAUUUUGACAUCAAGAGAGUCAAGCAACCUACUGGUAUUCCUAGAUCUAUGCUGAUGGUAAAUCCACAAGGUUCAUAUGCUUUACCAAAUGGUUCAGUAGCUGUUUUGAAGCCUAAUGAGGCUGCUUUUGAGAAAGAAAUAGAAGGAAUGCCGUCUACACGUUCUGUUGGGGAUCUACCACCUGAGCUCCACUGCCCCUUGUGCAGUAAUGUUAUGAAAGAUGCUGUGCUGACUAGCAAGUGUUGUUUUAAAAGCUUCUGCGACAAAUGUAUUAGGGACUACAUUAUCUCGAAGUCUAUGUGCAUCUGUGGUGCAACGAAUAUUCUUGCAGAUGAUCUUUUACCGAAUAAGACACUAAGAGAUACCAUCAAUCGCAUACUGGAGUCAGGCAAUAGCAGUACUGAAAAUGCUGGGAGCACUUUUCAAGUUCAAGAUAUGGAGUCUGCUCGCUAUCCACAGCCUAAGAUUCCAUCUCCAACAUCAUCUGCUGUCUCCAAGGGAGAACUAAAGAUUUUGCCUGUCAAUGAAGGAGCAGCAAAUAUACAGGAUACCGCUGAUGAAAUAAAGGUUGUUUCUGCUCCACAGCAGGCACCAGAACAUGUAAAUAUCCCUAGAGCUGGUGAUGUAUCUGAAGCUACUCAUGAAUCUAUGAGUGUGAAGGAACCAGUCUCACAAGGGAAUGCUCCGGUGGUUGAGGAAGAAGUGCAGCAAAAGUUGGUUCCUACUGAGGCAGGAAAGAAAAAGAAAAAGAAGAAAGUCCGUAUGCCUGCAAAUGAUUUUCAGUGGAAACCCCCGCAUGAUCUUGGGGCUGAGAACUAUAUGAUGCCGCCAAUGGGCCCACCUCCUGGCUAUAAUCCAUACUGGAAUGGCAUGCAACCUUGUAUGGAUGGAUUUAUGCCACCCUAUGCUGGUCCAAUGCAUAUGAAUAUGAUGGGUUACGGUCUUGGUCCCUAUGACAUGCCAUUUGCAAAUGGCAUGCCUCAUGACCCUUUUGGCAUGCAAGGUUACAUGAUGCCCCCUAUUCCGCCUCCGCCUCAUAGUAUGGGGAUGAAUGUUCCACCCCCAGCUAUGAGUAGAGAGGAGUUUGAAGCUCGGAAAGCCGAUUUGAGGAGGAAGCGUGAAAAUGAGAGGCGGGUUGAAAGGGACUUCUCUAAAGAUCGAGAGUUUGGUAGGGAAGUGAGCAGUGUUGGGGAUGUUUCUUCAAUAAAAUCAAAAACAACUAAACCAAUUCCACCUUCUUCGGGUAGCGAUUACAAUCAACACCGUUCCCACCGCUCAGAACGGUUAUCGCCAGAUCGAUCUCACCGCGAACUGGAACCACCGCGUCCGCCGAAACGAAAAUCAGAUCACCACUCCGAACGCGAACGCGAUGACAGAGAUCGCGACUACGACUACCACGAUCGUCACCAGGAUCGUGACUACGAGCUCGACCGUCAUCAGCACCGCCGUCAUCAUCACCGAACAGAAUCCUCAUCGAGAAAAUCAUCAGAACCAGUUACCAAAUCCACAUCCAAGAAAUCAUCGGAACUAGUUACUAAAUCCACAUCUAGAAAAUCAUCGGAACCGGCGACGAAAUCAGCUUCUAGAAAGUCAUCGGAACCGGCGACGAAAUCUUCAAUGAGUGCAGCACAAGCUGAGGCGGCGGCGGCUGCGGAACGGAAGCAGAAGGCUAGCGUCUUCUCACGGAUAAGCUUUCCUUCCGAAGAAGAAGCUGCUGCUAAGAAGAGAAAAGUGAGCGCUACUUCAGCAACGGAAUCAUCCGCCGCCGCUGUAAGUCAAUCGGCGAAAGCACCUUCGGUGGCGAAAAUGUCUAACGGCUAUUACGAAGGGAGGAAGAGUAAUGCCGUUAUGGAUGAUUAUGAAUCUAGUGACGACGAUGAUGACGAACGGCAUUUUAAACGGAGGCCGUCGAGGUAUGAGCCGUCGCCUCCGCCACAAGUGGCGGAUUGGGAGGAGGAAGGAAGACACUCGAGAGGAACAAGAGAUAGGAAGCAUAGAUAGAUAGAUAGAUAGUUAUCUGGUACAUUGUGUUGCAGUGCUGGUUACGCUGUGGACUCAUCUUCAACAAAAACUUUUUUACCUCUUUCAUUUGGUUAAAAAUAAAGUUUGUUGUGAUGAAUUUUACAAGUGUAACUUGUUUGUGACUGUCUCUGUUAAGUUUCAAUAAUUUCUUUCCUCCAAUGUAUAAUUAUGUACUAUUAUGUUUUAUUCAAAUCCAAUUAAAUCAAUCUAUUUGAUGUUUUUUAGAUUCA